AUGUCGUCGCCGCCCGAAUCUGCCUCCGCAGCCGCAGAGCUGUCCAUUGAAGCUGCCGAUGAAGACACACGCACACAACGUGCUCCUGCUUCUCCUGCACGGCAUUUAUCGCCCACAUCGGCUGCGGCGCCACCUCCUCUGCCUGCCGCGUCGCAACCCCAUAUCCACUACGCCGAAGUAGGGACUGGGCCCAGCACAUUGUCGGCGCCUCCGGCUCUGUCUGUCGACGCGCAGCUCGCCAGCAGUCAUGGCCACGGCCAGAGCUACGGCCAAGGCCAAGCCCAGGGGCAAGACGGCAGGCGGCCCCUGUCCGAGUCGAAUGUCCCCGUCCACGGCGCCAUGUCCGCAGUCGAUGGUCCAGGCAGCCUCUUGUCGCCGACCACCCCGGGCGGCGGUCUGCGCCGUCGAGGCACAAAGCGUGCUGUGACCUUUCGCAAUGUCGACAACUUUUCCGAGUAUGACGUGCGGCCUGGGUGGCAGCCAGGUUCCGAGCCGGGCAUCGACACAAGCAAGCCCGAUGGCGGGCGCGCGACGCUGGCGACAAUGAUGUCGCCGAGCGAGAUCACCGUCGUCGACUUCAGCCAGGACGACAUUAUGACGACGCGCCUGGACAAUGCGACCCUGGCUGGCUUCCUGGCGGUGCCCCAACCGCGCCACAUGAAGUGCCGCUGGAUCAACGUCAACGGCCUGAGCUGGGACGUCAUCCAGAUCCUGGGCAACCACAAGCGCCUGCACAGGCUGGCCAUUGAGGACCUGAUCAACACACGGAACCGCACCAAGGCCGAUUGGUACACGACGCAUAUCUUUAUGGUCCUGACGCUACAAAAACUCGUGCAUUUCGACUUUGCCAAGAACCGCAUCAGCCGCUCCGACGACAGCGACAGCGACAGCGGUGAGAGCGACGACGGCGACGACACCACGGACGAUAAGAACGGCGAUAGUGUCAAGAGUGGUCGGUCCAGCCACUCACGCAAAAGCGGUAUCUCUCGGCGAUUUCGACGCAUGUUCAGCCGCCGGCACCGCAGGAGCAGAGAUGCGAGCAGAGGACAGGCGGCCGCGUCUGCACCGACAUACGCGGUAUCGGCGCGAAAUGUGGAAAGUGGACCACGGCCACCGGUACCACGGACGGCGUCGAUCCGGGAUGCCGAGGACCUCUCUCACGUCAAUUCCUUUCGCACACUUCAGCGGUACCACUCUUCGCCCAACGAUGCACGCACCGACUUUAUGGAAAGCCACUCCGCUUUGAGCUCCAAGAAUCUGGCCGUGGCUGCUGAGCAGGUGUCCAUCUUCAUUACCGACGACAACACUGUCAUUUCCUUUUUCGAACUCUCCGCCCAAGACGUGGAGCAGCCCAUCUUAAAGCGGUUGCGCUUGGCCGACACCAGCUUGCGGCGAUCUUGCGACGCAUCUCUGAUUACCCAGGCCAUUCUGGACGCCAUCAUCGACCUGGCCAUCCCUGUCACGGUGUGCUACGGCGAUGUGAUUUCCGACCUCGAGCUGGAUGUGCUCACCAGUCCGAGCGUGAGGCACACCAAGAGUCUGUACAUUACCAUCACCGAGAUGAACAAGGUGCUCAGUUUCAUCAAUCCGGUCAUGAACCUCAUCAACACGCUGCGCGACCAUAAGACGGACAGCGUGGCCCUUGACGAUUUCCAGAACCCAGCCACCGGCGUGACCAUCUCGUCGACAACGUACGUGUACCUUUCCGACGUGCUGGACCACUGCGUCCUCAUCACCGAGUCACUGGACCAGAUCCGCGGCCAAGCCGAGCACAUGAUCUCUCUCAUCUUCAACACGAUCUCGGCGAACCAAAACGAAAGCAUGAAACAGCUGACGAUUGUCACCAUUAUCUUCCUUCCCCUGACCUUCUUGACCGGCUACUUUGGCCAAAACUUUGACGGGUUUGCCGACCUCGAGCUCGGUAUUCCUUUCUUCUGGAAAAUCGCCGGUCCCGUCAUCUUCUUCACCGUCGUCAUUAUGAUGUACGACAUGAUUCUGCGGUAUUGCAGAUCGCUUAUUCAGCGCCGCCACAUUCUGCGCCUUCGAAAACACCGCCGCAAGCGCUCCAAAGCCAAGAACUAA